UAUAAAAAUAAGAGGGUGUUAUCAACUUUCAUACGUUUGAUACAUAGUUAGUAUAGUACUGUAUGAAAGCUCAAAAUCACAAUAACAUAAUAACAUCAUAACAUUGGUAAGACUGUGUGGACUGUGUCAGAUUGUUGACGAUUGCUUUCAGAGUUUCAGUAUCCCGCCAAAAAACUAAACUUCAACUACUGUCAAUUUUAUUUGUUUUAAAUUAAACAAUUAAUUAAAAUAAAUAAAAAACAAGUAACUCCAGUGAUAAAAUGGCUCCUAAUAAGCAACGUGAUUACGUCAAAGACAAAGAACAAUUGAAGACUUUUUUUGAAGAAUAUCAUACAAUUGACGAUAAAAGUGGCGACAAAUGUUUCAAGUAUAGACAACAACUGACAAAAAUUGCACACAGAGAACAGAUUGCAUUAAACAUCAACCUCGAUGACUUACAUGAUUUUGAUGAUAGUCUUGUUGAGGCUAUCAUAAAAAAUACUCGUCGAUAUGUUAAUUUGGUUCUUGAGCUUGUCCAAGAAAUUCUUCCAAAUUUCAAAGAACGACAUGUACCACCCAAAGAUGCUUUGGACAUUUAUAUUGAGCACAGAUUACUCAUGGAAGCAAGAAAUAGAAAUCCAGGUGAUCAAAGAGAUCCAAGAAAUAAAUAUGCACCUGAAUUGAUGAGAAGAUUCGAGGUAUAUUUCCAUAAUUUUGAUACAGCAAAACAAGUAUCUGUUCGAGAUAUAAAAGCAAAUUGCAUUGGUAAAUUGGUAACAGUACGUGGUAUUGUAACAAGAUGUACUGAAGUAAAACCAAUGAUGGUUUGUGCAACAUAUACUUGUGAUCAGUGUGGUGCUGAAUCAUAUCAAACAAUACAAUCAUUGAGUUUUAGACCAUUGGAUACAUGUGAAAGUGAUGAUUGUAAAGUUAAUAAAGCUGGUGGUCGUUUGUACAUGCAAACAAAAGGCUCAAAAUUUGUUAAAUUUCAAGAAAUUAAAUUACAAGAACAUAGUGAUCAAGUACCUGUUGGUCAUAUACCAAGAUCAUUAACAGUUUAUUGUCGUGGUGAAACAACACGUAAUUGUUUACCAGGUGAUCAUGUUAUUGUUACUGGAAUAUUUUUGCCACUUUCUAAAACUGGUUUUAAUCCAAGUGCUGGUGGUGCAUUAUUAAAUGAAACAUUUCUUGAAGCACAUAAAGUUACAACAUUAACAAAUAUGCAAACAAUAAGUGAUGCAAGUCGUGAAUUAACACAAGAAGAACUUGAAAAAUUUACAAGUGAUGAUUUUUAUACAAAACUUGCAUGUUCAAUUGCACCAGAAAUUUAUGGUCUUGAAGAUGUUAAAAAAGCAUUGUUAUUAUUACUUGUUGGUGGUACAGAUAAAAAAAAAGGUGAUAUUAAAAUACGUGGAAGUAUUAAUAUUUGUUUAAUGGGUGAUCCAGGUGUUGCUAAAUCACAAUUACUUGGUUUUAUAACACGUCUUGCACCAAGAUCACAAUAUACAACUGGUCGUGGUUCAUCUGGUGUUGGUUUAACAGCAGCUGUAUUAAAAGAUCCAUUAACUGGACAAAUGAUGCUUGAAGGUGGUGCACUUGUACUUGCUGAUCAGGGUGUAUGUUGUAUUGAUGAAUUUGAUAAAAUGGCUGAUGCUGAUAGAACAGCAAUUCAUGAAGUUAUGGAACAACAAACAAUAUCAAUUGCUAAAGCUGGUAUUAUGACACGUCUUAAUGCAAGAGUAUCAAUUCUUGCUGCAGCAAAUCCUGCAUAUGGUAGAUAUAAUCCAAAACGUACAAUUGAACAAAAUAUACAAUUACCAGCUGCACUAUUAUCACGUUUUGAUUUAUUAUGGCUUAUUCAAGAUCGUGCUAAUCGUGAAAAUGAUCUUAGAUUAGCACAACAUAUUACACAUGUACAUCGUACUGGUGUACAACCAGUAACUGAUAAUCAAGCACUUGAUAUGGAUCUCAUGCGUAGAUAUAUUGCAAUGUGUAAAAAAAUUGAACCAACAGUUAAUGAAGAUAUAACUGAUUAUAUUGUUAAUUCAUAUGUUAAAAUGCGUACUGAAUCAAGAAAUAGUCAUGAUAAAACAUUUACAUCAGCUAGAAAUUUAUUAGCUGUAUUGAGAUUGGCAACAGCACUUGCUAGAUUAAGAUUAUCUGAUACUGUUGAAAAAGAUGAUGUUGCUGAGGCUAAUCGUCUUGUUGCUGAAUCAAAAUCAUCAAUUAAUAAUUCAGAAUUACAAACAACAAAUAAUCAUCAAUCAAUGUCAUCAAGAAUAUUUCGUUAUAUUGCUGAACUUGCUGAUAAUAGUAAAACUGUAACUGUUGCUGAAAUACUUGAAAGAUGCAUACCACAAGGUUUUACUGAUGCACAAAUUAAUGAUUGUAUUGAAGAGUAUGAAGAACUCAAUGUCUGGCAAGUUAAUCAAGCUAGAAGUAAAAUUACUUUCCUCUAAGUGUGCACCUUUUAAUUAAUUUUACAUCUUUUUUUUUCUUUUUUAAUAUUAAUUUAUAUUUGUAUACACACGUUUUUUUUUUUAAUAAUAAAAACAUUUUUUUCAUCAAUUUAAUAAAAUU